AUGGUCGACCGACACACACCCGUCGAAUGCCUAUCGUCGCCGCUGCUCGAGACCCUCCCGAUGCAAUGCCAGCAGCUAAAACGUGGCUUCCGCGACUGCAAACGCGGCAUGGUCGACAUGAGGAAACGGUUCCGAGGCAAUGCCCCGAUCUCGAAUAGUCUCGAGCUCGAAGGUGGUGGGAGCGCUGGUGGGAAAGGCGGUCAACUGUACGGUGGAACACCAGCCUUCGAUGUCGUGGAGAAGAUGAAGAAAGAGCAGCGUGGCGAGGUGGAGGGUUUGGGCUUCGAUGAGAGUAAGACGAGGGGAUUGUGA